UAGUGAGAAUUAUAAUUUCAGUCACUAUUUGAAAAUGGCACAAUUUGGUUCUGCUGGAAUUCGCUCAAUUUUCCUCCUUCUUCUGGUUUUCCAGAUCUUCGCUUCUUCGACAGCGCUAAUAGAGGAAGCUAGAGCUUUGGCAAGUCAAGUUGAAAGUGUUGUGACAGGUCUUAUUGCUGCGCUAAAAACGGUAAUGGACACCCUAAAUAAUACACUUUCUCCGAUAAUAAUAUCAGCACUUAAUGCAGUUUUGGCUCCAUUCGGAAUGGGUGUGACGGAGUUUUCAGAACUGGUGAAAAACUUAGUAUCUACGUUAACAGCACUUUUGGGCGGUUUAGGCCUGAAUCCUCUUGUCCAAGGAUUGUCUAACUUUGGAAUUUCAUUUGCAUGAGCUGCCCAAAAUACUUACAGGACCUGAAAAUGGCGCAAUAAUUAAACCGGAUUUCUGACGUGAAAAUAUAAAUUUAGAUUGUCGAAAACCAACAUUGAUGAAUAAAAGUGUUAAAGUUGCA